AUGGAGAUUCUGAGAAAUUCCGAGCUUGGCCUUUCGGAUUUCUUUGAACUUUCGUUUGGUUUAGGGCCAAUUGAAUUUGAUCCUACAAGCUUUGUGACAGAAGAAUUAACUAUUGACUUAUUUACUUCACUUAUUAAGCCUUCUUUGUGCGAAUCGAAUCCAAGAGGGAUUUUUCGCAACUUAUUUCCAUAUCUAGUCGAUUAUAUUAAUAGAACAAUUCCAUUAACUAGAUUUGUUAAUCAUGUAAAUUAUUUCAUUGACGAAAAUGACAAACUCAACGAUCCACAAGGAAUUCUCCAACGAUUUAGAAAAUGUACUGGCAGAGACUUUUUUAUAGCUUUCCUUGAUAAAAUCUCGAUAAAUUCUCUUCCAAAAUUACUUAAUGCUGUCAUUUAUGCCAAUAUUCCUAUUCCAAUUUUUCUACCGAAUGACAUGGUAAAUUUUGAAAAAGGUCUUAGAGUACUAGACGCGAUGCACAAUAUAAUAGAUAUUGGAAAAUAUCAUCUUUUCGUAUCUGUGAACCAAGCAAACACCAAAAUGAAAUCGCCAUUUACAAAACAAAUUUAUAAGUGUUAUUCAAAUAAUCGUGAAGAUCGUUUAGGUCUUUGUCAUCCUGGCUCUCUUGACAUCUCUUUUCAUGCUGCUUCCGAAAACAAUGAUCGUCAUCCUUUAGCUAUUUCAGAAAUAUAUUAUGAUGAAACAAAUUCCCAAAUUUUUCAAAAUGUAGUUAAUGAAUUAUCAAAGGCCGCAUAUUAUAUUGUUAUUCACGCUUUCGAUAGUAAUUUUAAUAUAAUUGAACCAAAUGAUGAAUUUAAAGCAAUUAUUAAUAACAUUUCUAUUGAAAGACAUGGCACGAACUCUAGAACUAUUUCAGUCCUUUUUUGGGGAGUAAAUAAGGAAGAUAAUAUAAUUAAAAAACGAAAACAAAGGGUGUUAGAUAUAUUGAUAAAGCAACUUUUUCAUGAUCAAAUUCGAGUUGAGAUUAUUACUGAAGAAAAGGAAUCAUUUUUUUUUGAAGAAUUCAAAGAAUAUUCAUUUCAGAAACUCUUAAACACGCCAAAUCUUUAUUUGUCGGCAACUGCUUUUCGUAACUUAUUUAAUAAAAAUUAUGAUUCGGAAGUUUCAUUCUCCACGUUGAUGGAAGCUACAACUUUUAAAAGUCGUGCAGAUAUUUUUACAGCUUCGUAUUUCUCUAACGAGAUAGAUGCACUUAAUGACAAAAUUCAAUCAAAGAAUUCAGAAGAUUCUGCAACUUAUAUGACAGAAGACGAGAUCAAUGAUGAAAUAAAAAAGCUUCAAGAAUUGCAAAAAAAUCUUUGUGGUUCUGAUCCAAUACCAGUCCUUAAAAAUUUUGCUCAAGUUAUCAAAAAGAAUAACAUAACUUAUAUGCGUGAAUUUGCUCGUCAAAUUGAUAGUUUCGUUAAAACAAAUUUAAACGAACUUGCUUUGAAAUAUAGUGAAUUAAAUCAAACCGAUCAAGAUAAUGAUCAAAAAAGUGAAAUAAAGCAACAAAUAGAAGACAGAAAUAUAACUAUUCAUGAUUUUUGGAAAGAAUUUAUUGUUUUAUCUCAGAUAAAAAAAAGAUAUUCAACAGCUUUAAAAUCAUUAUAUAAUAUUGAUAAUACUCAACUCGAAACUGCAUAUAAAAGUUGGAUAUGCGAGGGUGAAGCAAUUCAAAUUCUAGAGAGUGAUUCGUUUAGAGCAUUGAAUUCCGAAUUUCUUUUAGAUAUUUUUAAUCAAAUAACAUUUAAUAAUAAACGACCAUUGAUUGUUCUUUCGAUAAUUGGGCCCGAAAAUUCUGGCGUAUAUAUGUCAUAUCGACAUACAAUCCAUAAUGGAAAAGAAACAGAUUUUUUGAUAUUAGAUUUUGAAGGAAUUGAUUCUAUAACUGAGAGAUUAAUCUCUCAACGUAAUGAUUUUGAUAAAAAAAUUACAUUAUUAGCUACUUUGUGUUCUCAAAUCUUGAUCCUCAAUGUUAAAGAACUUACCCAAGAUAUUUCUGAUAUUCUUGAAGUUUCUUCUUAUCAUUUGGAUACUUUAAUUAAACGCAAUUUUAAACCGAGAAUCAAUUUUGUAUUACGCGAUAUGAUGGAGGUGGAUACUAGAAACUCUCAACAAUAUGCAUUUAAUAAUAUUCGUGAAGGUCUGAAAAGGAUGUUUAACGAAAUUCCAGGAUGUGCUUACAACAUGGAAAGUCUUAUGAUGUUGGAAGAGGAAAAUAUUCAUUUAUUAGAAAAUGCUUUUUCUUGCACUUUUGAUGAGUUUUACCCCAACACCAAACAAAUUGAUCAAAGUGACCAUGAAAACUUCUAUUAUCCUACGGAAACAUUUCCAUCAGAAGUGUCCAAGCUUAGGGAAGAGUUACUUGCAUUUUCCUCUAAUGAGCAUGAAUAUAAAAGCAUUGACGAGUUCAUUUCAUACAUACAAACCAUUUGGAAGGAAAUUGAUGCACGUGGAAAAUUCCUUCAUUACAAAAAUUUCGAAAUGAUACAUCAAUGGAAUUCAAUACGAAAGUUAGUUAGCGUUAAAGACGAAUCAUUCAUAAAAAUUUAUAAAGAAGAAAUUUCAGAUUUAAUAGAUGAAAUCGAAUCUGAUCAGUGGUCUAAAGAACAAGAUAUUAAAUUUGAAGCAGCUCUUACUAAAGUAACCAAUACAAUAUGUCAACAAACGAUUUCUGAUUUCCUUGAAAAUGCAUCAGAUGAGUUUGAUCCUACAUUAAUUGAAAAAGGAAUGACUUAUAUUAACUCAGCAUUUACAUCAGAGAAACGUAAACUUCAGGCAGCUUAUACAAUAAAACGUCGAAAGUUCAAGGAUUCAUGGCUUAUCGAAUCUGCAAAAGCAAAGAUCAGUGAAAAUAUCAAACAAGUACUUAAAGAAAAAACUCCAGGAAAAGUUAAAAAGAACUUGUUAGAAUGUGAUCAUUAUUUUAAUACUGAAUGGGAGUAUAUAGAAGCAGAUAAGAAGAAUUUUAUUAAUAGUAUGUCAUUAGAGACAAAGGCAUUGGAGGAGCAGGUAGUUACAUGUUUUAAUAAAGCUAUUACAGAUGGAAUAAGUUUAAUCGGUUCUGAUGAUGAAACAAAGGAUCAAUUUGAUAGAAAUUUUUGGUCUAAACUCGAGAAACCAGCAACUCUAGUACAAUCAAAGUUUUUAAAGAAUACAGAAUUUUUAAAAAGUUUUGAUUUUAAAUUCGUCGUGGAACCAAAUUCAAGUGGGAUAGCUGGAUAUAUUAAUAAUGCUAAAAAAGGCAUUUCAAAACAAUCUGCUAUCAGAACAAUUAAGACAUCUAUUAAGAAAACUUGUAAACAAAUUGUUAAUGAAAUCCAAAAUGAGAAUACGUUAACGAUUGAAUUCGAUCAAGCAUUAGAAUGGAUUCAGAGAUUAUGUGAUAAUAUUUUCGUCACUUUACAUAAUGAACUAAAUAGUUCUCAAAAUAAUUUGCAAUAUUUACGACUUAAAGUUUUUAAAAGACUGGACGCAAAUACUAAAAAAUGGAAAGAUAUACAACAAAAAGAACUUGAUGAAUAUAGAAAAAAUUUGUGGAAGUUCUUUGUUGAAUUAAAAAGUGAUACAUAUUAUGAAUAUUUAUCAACCAACUUUUUUGAACUCAUUUUUCAAUCUUUUGAAAAACAGUUAAAUAAUCCCUAUAAUUUUGUUUCGGAACUUAUGGAUAAAUAUUUUAAUUGUGAUGAUUAUAACAUUACAAGAAUCGCGCAUGAACGAAGUUUUGGAUCUCUUAAUGUAGAAAAUUGUUGUAAUUAUAUUGAAAAUCCAAUUAAAUUUAUGAAAAAAUUAUUUGAAGAAGAGAUUAGAAUUAUUAAAGAUAUUAAAAUAGGUGAAAAACUUGAAGAAAUUGAAGAAAAUAUUAUUAAUACUAUUCCGAAUGAACUCAAGGAAAUAAUUUCGAAAUCCAAACAAUAUUAUUCUUCUCGACCUAUACAUGAAUCUUCUUAUAUAUGUCCUAAUAUUGAACAAAUCCUUCGCUCAUCAAAAGGAACACUUUUGGAAAUUCUAAUGAAAGAUAAAUCUCAAGGCACUGACACUAUUUUAAAGUGUGUUGUCAAAUAUCCUUCAAGAUUUUUGGCAUGCCUUGAAGAAAAUAUUGAUAAAGUGUUUUCAGAAUUUGAAAAUAGGUGGAAAAAUAAACUUAAAAAUCAUUGUAAAACUUCAAUGAUUAUCAAAGUUGAAAAUUAUCGAUCAUUAUAUUGUAAUAAAGUUAUUGGAUGUCAGGAACGGUGUCCAUUAUGCGGAUCAAAAUGUGAAUUGGCGGAUCAUAAUUCUGAUAUACCUCAUAAAACAUCAAUACAUCUAAUGGUUAGCUUUAAUGGAGUAAAAAAUAAGUCAAAUGAAGCAAGCUUGAAUAUAUGUACUGAUUCAGUAUAUCAAAGUGAUACAUGUGAUGAAUUUCAUGGUCAUUCAUUUGGAAAUUAUAUUCAAACAUGUUAUCCAAAGUGGUACCCAAUUGAUCCAAUGGAUACUAAUGAAGAUCAAUUAAAACAACUUAGAACCAUGUGGAUACUUUUAAAGAGUGAAAUAUGUAAUAAACAUGCCUCUAAACAGAUGUGA